AUGCCUGAUCCAGAUCUCAUUAUUUCGAGUAAUUGCCUCGAAAUUUAUGGGAGCGGUGUAAGUGAUUAUUGCUUUUUAUAUUCAAAAGAAACAUUAAGAUCUUUCAGAUUCGGUCCAAAUCCAAAGCUUACAACAAUUGGCAAGUACUCUUUUUACAAAUGUACAAAAUUACAACAAAUCGAUCUUUCAUCGUGCACUAAACUUCUUGUUAUUUGUGAAAAUGCAUUUUCUUACUGCAUAUCAGUUACAGAACUUUUUCUUCCCGAAGGACUCCAAAACAUUGAAAUGUAUGGAUUUUCUUAUAUAAAAAUACAAUCUAUUGAAAUUCCAUCAUCAGUAAUAGACAUAAAGGCUUAUGGAUUUGGAUAUAUUAAUACUUUAGCGUCAAUUACUUUCAAGGAAGGAUCUAAGCUUCGAUCACUUCAGACAAAUGCAUUUAUAGCUGCAAGUUUUGUUGAAUUUAAAGUUCCAGAAUCAGUUCAAUAUAUUACUGGCAUGUUUGCAAACUAUGUUUUAACUUUCUCAAUAAUAAAAGUUCAUCAAAACAAUAAAUAUUUUGUCAGUGAUAAUUUUGCUGUAUAUUCUAAAGAUUAUCAGGCAAUUUAUUCUUUUGCACCAAAUUCUUCGUUCACAUAUGAAAUUAAUCAGAAAGUAAAAAUCAUAAAAUAUGGUGCAUUUAAAAAUGCAAAAUGCGCAUCAAUAACCAUCCCUUCUGGAGUUACAAGCAUCGAAGGAUGGGCAUUUGCAACUGCAACAAAUCUUAAACAGAUUAAAUUGCCUCCAAAUAUUACAAUAAUUAAUGAACAUUGCUUUUAUAAUUCAGGUUUAACAUCAAUUGAUAUUCCAGAAAAAGUAACUAAAAUUGAUACUGGUGCAUUCCAAGGUUGUAACUUCCUGAAAACAAUUCUUCUUCCCGGUAAUCUGACUGAGGUUGGUGGAAGUGCAUUCCCUUCAAAUCCAAAUAUUAACUUUACUUUCAAAGGCGAUUCUCAAAUUAUGAUUGAUAACCAAAUGCUAAUAAUGGCUAAAGAUAAUUCAUCAAUAUCUCUAUUGCUUGACUCAUCAGUAACAUCAAUUAAAAUUCCGAGUCAAGUUAAAAGAAUUAAAUUAUCAGCAUUUUCUGAAAAAAAGAGUCUAAGUUCUAUUACUUGCGAUGGAACAUCUGAAUUAGAAGUUAUUGAAGAAAGUGCUUUUUCGUAUUGUUCUAGUUUGACAUCAAUUCCUUAUUUCCCAAAACUCAAAGAAAUCGGAAAUUUUGCAUUUUAUCAAACAAGACUUUCAUCACAAUUUAUAUUCCCAACAAAUUUUACAUUUCUUGGUACUAGUGCUUUUUCUGGAGUAAGGACACUGCCAAGUGUUACAUUUUCAUCGACUGUAAAAAAAUAG